AACGACUAAACAACAAGGCUGGAGAGCCUGUGGCCUUCCAGAUGUUGGGAUUCCUAUUCCCAUCAGCCCCUGCCAGUAAGGCCCAUGGUCAGGGGUGAUGGAAAAUGUAGUCCCAAAAACACUGAGAAGGCCAAGGUGUCCCCAUCCCUGGAAAGAGUUUUGAGCUGAGUCUUGGGCACCUUCUUGUACCCAUAUUAGUUCUGGGUAAUUUGGGAUAGAACCUGCCUUUGCAGAAGUAGUAUACCUCCAAAUGCCAAAUGCUGGGAAGUGACCGUGGGGAAGCUCUGCGGGCUUCCCAGAGGCACCCUUUGCUGCCCACUGUCGGAAGCAAGAGACUGGGGCUUGGAGAUACCUUUAGCCUAAUCUCUGGCAGGGCUGCUCAGAAGUUCUCCCACGCCCCAGUUUUGAGAGAGACCCAGAUUUGACCCACAUUAAGACCAAGAAGAGGUUAAAACUCUCCUCUUGCCUCCUCCCCACCCCGUGACUCAUGGAACAGACACUUUUAGUUCUGAACAAAAGAUUUCAAAUAGCUUGAACUUUCCCCUCCAAAGUCCCAGCUGCAGCUGAUUCUGGGCCCACCCCUCCAGUAGAUUGGAUCACACUCCCAUCACCUUCAGCUGUGAGACCUCUCCUAUUCUCCUCCAUAUAUAUAUCUAGAGAGCAAGAGAAAGAGGAGGGUCAGCAGAGGUCCAGCUAGCUUUGGUGUUAUACAUAUUAGACUUGUCUACUUCAGCCAUGCCUGUUGAUUUCAGUGGCACCUGGAACCUUGUCAGCAGUGAGAACUUUGAAGGCUACAUGGUGGCCUUAGGUAUCGAUUUUGCCACUCGCAAGAUAGCCAAAAUGCUGAAGCCUCAGAAGGUCUUCAAACAAGAUGGGGACUCGUUUUCCAUCAGCACAACCAGCACUUUCCGCAGCUAUUUAGUCGAGUUCAGGAUUGGAGAGGAGUUUGAAGAAGACAACAAAGGCUUGGACAAUAGAAAAUGCAAGAGUGUGGUUAACUGGGAUGGCGACAAGAUUGUUUGUGUCCAGACUGGAGAGAAGAAGAACAGAGGCUGGACCCACUGGAUUGAAGGAGAUGACCUGUACCUGGAACUCCGAUGUGAAGACAAAGUAAGCAGGCAGGUUUUCAAGCGAGCGUGAAGCUGAUUCCUGCAAUACCCCCCAAAUGACAACAGCGCAGAGAACCACGUACAGGAGUGUUCGUGCAUAGCGGCACUUCAGACAUGGAGUGCUAACUAAAAAGGCAGCUUUACAGGUCAAACCUUCUUCCUCCACCCCUGGUGCUCUUUUUGUAAAAGCAUUCCAACCUGAUCCUUUUGAACAAAUGUUGUAACUGUUAACCUGCACUUACCACGUAACUUCAUUAAAAAUAUAUGAUUAUUUGCAAUACAACUUAGGAGUCUACAG